AAUGUUUGACCCUCUUUGAACUCACAGCAACAACAGGAGCCAGUUAGCUUCUUACAACACAAUCUGUCAAACAAACACCGGUUUUAACUUUAUUCGUUCACUUUUCUCCAGAGUUGUGACUUUAUAUCCGUCCUUGCUCCUGGAAUAAGAUGGUGGUUUUGACGAAUAACACAGAAGAACAGGAUUAUAUCCUGAUAGAGGAGCGUAAAUGCACCUCCCUGCCCAGCUCUCCCGCCAAGCGAGUGUCUCCGACCAAAAAGAAGCAGUUUUAUAUCAAUCAAGCCAUCCGCAACUCUGACCUCACUCCCCGAGCCAAAGGCAAGAAGAGCCUCCGCCGACAGGAGAACACGCGCUUUCUGGCUAAUCUUCUUGAGAGAGACGAGUGCUCCAAAGAUGAUCUGGAAGUUUGCAGUAACCCGGCCAUCCCGUCCAUCUUCACUGAGGCCUGCACCAACGGAAACUACAUAGAGCCAUGGAAUGACUUCAUGAAUUGCUCCGGCGAGGAGCAGGAGAAGCUGUUGUCUCUGCUGGAGCAGGAGGGGGCCAAGAAGAAAAGCCCCACCCGGGUCCUCAAAGACGAGAGGAAUGUAAAUCUUGCCUUCAGCGCUCAGGUCUGCUACCAGAGAAUCGAUCGCAGGCUGCGAGCGACUCUCAGACGCAAACAAAUCCCCAUGGGAACUCUGGAAAUACUUGAGAAAAACCUCCUGAGCUUCUUCAAUACUCAGCCGCACUCAGUUUACACAACCAACCUCGCCAGCAGCUUCGAGAGACUGCUGCUUCACGCCGUCUGCCAGUAUAUGGACCUCGUCUCCGCAAGCACCGACAACAAUGGGUCACGUCAGACCGAAGUGGUGAACAAACAGGACGAGUUUCUGCCUCCUUCACUUCCGCUGUCUGCCUACGUGGAGCAGAUGAGCUGAGACCAGGACCACCGGGACCUGUUUCCUCCACGCGGGCCCCGCUGCCGGCGGGAGCUCUGAGAGGUGUACAUAAGGUGCGCAGUCUGUAUGUAAAGUCUGUGUAACGUCCGCCAAGCUCAGAAAACAAAGCUGAACAAUUCUUCCCCAUCCUCUGGUUGGUCUCUGGUUUCUGUAGUAAAUUUUCCAUUGUUUUAUUUCCAUGAGCAAAUCAGAGUUCAUCGACCCCUCCUUCGUAUCUAAACAGGGGUCUACAUGCUAAAUGUUCCAUGUUAAACAUUAGCAUGUAGCGUUCAGCUCAAAGCACAGCAGUACAGCUUGCCUUCGCAGAGAAUAGACCUUUUGAUUUAGAUAACGCGACCUCUCUUGCACCAUCCUCAGGGCAAAUGUUACAUUUUCUGCCUCACUAGUACAAACCUAAGAAUAGUAGAGUUGUCUGGUGUACAAUAAGAGGUUACAGCACCGUGGAGCUGCAAGGCUCGAAUGAACUGCUGUCUCCAUACAGCAUUGGGAAUCGAAUGAACUAUCUUUCCCAAGUUUUAGGCAUAAUCAUUAAUAUAUAAUGGUGAUAAUUGACUCUUAAUUUUGGGAGAAUUUGGUGAUAAUCUGUGACGUUCAUUCACAAUAACAAAUCCAAGUUACGAGCAAGUUACAUUUGAUACAACAGAUGGCAACAACUAUCAUUCAGUCAGUCAGCUUUUUCAUCAGAAUGGAUUUAUGAGCUUAAAGCAGUCGGUUAAUGAACAGUUAAUCCAUGUUGUCCCUUUUUCAUAGUGCAAAAUAUAUAAUUUCACCACUAAUUAAUUUACGCAACAUAAAUCCCCUCAAAAAAAAAACACCCUCAAUUUCAAUAAAACACAAAUUCAUAACAGUGAAAAAUUACAAAUAUUAACCUAAAAAAUGGAAAAUUUACUGGGAACUCUGUAUUGUUAAGAAUGAAUGACAUUUUGUGAAGGUGCUGAGAUGGAGGAAGCGCUCUAAUGCAUCACUGCCUGAAGGAUUAGCCUGUAGGAUUUGUGUAAGUCGUGAGGUAUAAAGCAUGAAUAUUUAUAGUCUCUCUUCAUUAUAUGCACAAACACAUCACUCAUCAUCAUCAGAGUUAAAAGAAGCAAAUGUCUUUUAUCAAGGGUGUGAAAUAUAGCUUCUGACAUGCUUGGGAUAUAAUGUAAUUAUCUCUGAGAAGACAACUAUGACGGCGUAUUAGGGCCAUGUAGGUAAAAGAAAAUAUAAAUCACUGGGUUGUUGGAGGGAGGUAAUAUUCAGAGACUAAAUAAAAGUCUUUAGGUUUACAAGAAAACAAAAUAUUCUUGUGAUUAAAGUGGGAAAUUUAUUUAAAAAAACUUGAAUAUUCUCCACAAUUUUUCCUACAGAUUUGUGACUGUGAAUCUCAGAGAAUAUUCAAGCUUCUUUCUUGUAAAUUUAUGACUUUAAUCUCUGAAAUCUAUGAACUAACCCCUUCCCCAGCUCCGUAUUUAAUUAAAUGUUUUACCUAAUAUAGCCCAAAUACACCGCAAUAGAAAAAUAGGCACAAUUUCUUCAGGAUCUAUUUUUUGUGAUUAAUUUAUUCUUUUCGUUGUACCUUCCUCUGCUAGCUUUUGGUCUACACUGGCCGUGUUUCCGCUGCGUUUUUCAUUCGUAUCUGAAGAAUACGCUAACAUUGUAAUCAACCAGACCGUCCGUAUCAAUCAACUAAAGACUAGAGUACAGACUCAGAGAAUAACUGUGACGUUAAGUUCAAGUCCGUUUCCACUUACAAGCUAAAGUAUUUGAUUGUAAAGCUGAUGAUAGCUGCAGCUGUUGAUGUGCUGCCUUUACUGCACACUGGUGUAAAUGUUACUACAGUCACAGUCAGUAAAAGAAGACAAAAUAAGGAACUAUAUAAUGGUUAAAAACUGCCAGUAUCCCUGUUGUUUUUAGAUUUAUUCAUGGGUUUCUUGCAGCACGCACAGUUUACACUCAACACUGUAACAUUAAAGCCUUUUUUUACAAACACAGGUGAUAUGGUUUAAAGGUUUACUGUAUGUGCACUAGAUGUGUUACAGUGGUAAAAAAAAAAAAACACAUUUAAGGUGUUUUGAUGUUAAAAAAAAAAAAAAACCUGAGUUUUGUCUCUCGGGUUUGUUUAAUUUCAAUAUUUACAACCCCAGAAAAGCUCUUCUGCCUUAUGAAUACAAGUUUCUUGUGUUUUUUCUGUACAUAUAUUUCUACAUUUGUACUUGACUGGAUUUUGGAAACAGGUUAUUUAAAGAAAAAGAAAAAUCUCUUAUCCCCGAUUUGUUUUGAUACUGUCGUCGGCAGUGUAACUAAACUGGACCUGUUGGUGCAUUUUGUCAACAACCAAAGUUUGUGUGUUUGUUUUGUGGAAAUCCAAUUUUCUCAGGCUUUCGACUUCUCUCUUUCUCUCUGAAUGUCACGUAAUGAUCUCACAUGGUGUCAUUUCCUGUGUACUGUAUACUUUCUUUUUCAAGAUGAACUUGUUACGAUCAUGUUCGCCACAGCCUCUCGGGGGCGCUGCCAACUUUUUGAAUACACGUAGAUGUAGUUGUGCUGAAAAUACUCAGAUAAUUGACUUGUGCCAAUGUUUGCAUUAAUAAUAGUCUGAAAGCUUUAUACACUAGACUGAUACAACUUCGUGUAUAUAAUGAUAUGUGUGUGUGUGCUAUGGUACCUAUUUAUAAUUAUCACUGCAACUAUUAAAGGAUUUAAGAUA